AUGAUCUUCCUCUCCACGUUCCCUGCCUUGUCCCUGCUCCCUUCUGCUCCCUCCUUCUCUGUAGAAUCGGUCUCUAUGUUGUCUUGUAUUUCCACUCACUCAUGUCCUCAUGGAGCUGUGUGGCUCAGUUGCUAGAGCAUGGCACAAUACCUUUUGGGGCCACCCAAAAAUGUAUGCAGGCAUGACUGUAAAUUGCUUUGGGUAAAAGUAUCUGCUAAAUGGCAUUUAUUAUGAUUAUUAUUAUUAAAUGUCCUCUCUCUUUCCUUCCAGAAGAAGCUGCUGAACUCCACCUGGAGUCUGAUGAGCAACAACACCAAGGGAGAGCUGGAGGGCCGGCUGGACUGCUGUGGCCUGCUCAACACCACCCUCAGCCAGAGGCAGUUUAACCAGGACUUUUUCAGCUGCACUGCUGUAAGGAUUGGUUGUACUUGCUUGUAAUACAUGUUCCUACAAAAUACAACUUGGAAAUAGUUGUACUUGUAAUGCAUGGGUCCUUCUGCUCAUACUAAAUAUGACUGGGGGAAUGGUAACUGUUUUUUACACCUCCGGUUUGUUCAUGAUUAAUCACCACAGGAAAAUGUAUUUCUGAUUUACUUGGUUUUAUCCAUAGGUAAUACCCUGUCACUGAUUAAUAUCUGCUGUAAUGAUCAGGGAAGCUCUGAACAUUUCUACUUGCUUUUGCCAGCGUAGUGUGUACCUCCCUCACUGUGGUUUAUCAGAGUAGUUGCCUGUUGAUCUAAUGUUAACAGUACACACAGCUGACACUGGGAGCGUGUCUCUUUCAUUGCAGCCGUGUAAUGCCAGGAACAACUGCUACGCCUGUGGUGACAUGAAGCUGUAUCACGCUACACAGGCUCUGAAGAUCCUGGGAGGGGUUGGACUCUUCUUCAGCUUUACUGAGGUGGGUGUCUGAGCGUGAGGCUUUCUUUAGGCACCAUUUGCACUUUUCACACGCUAUCGUGCCGGCCUGAACCCAACCAAACUGUGCCGGCUCUGAUAUUUUCACAAUGUCCACAGUUCCAGCAGCUAUUGUGGAUGGGCAACCAGGCCAGCUCAGUACAGCUUGUUUAGGCUUGUCUUGUUUUGGCUCAGUAAUAUGAAAAGCCAUGUUGUCUGACCACCUCCUUGUCUGACUUGUGUACCAUUCUCUUCCAGAUUCUUGGGGUGUGGCUGGCAGUGCGCUACAGGAACCAGAAAGACCCCAGAGCCAAUCCAAGUGCUUUCCUAUAGUCUGUCUAACUCAAUGUAA